AAAAGUGUGUUACAGCACUACUCGAAUAGUCAGUUUAAUUUUGUAGUGUCAUCGAGCAAAAAUGGAUGCAUGCGAACAGGAAAAUAAAGUCAAGAAAAGGAAAGAUAAACUCUUUCCGUUUAAGUGCUCUGAAGCGUACACCAAUGAAUUGCCCGAUCCGAAAAUUGACUGCAAGUUUCUGCCAUGUGGUAAAAGUUUGAUGGACUAUACCGAGGAACCUAUUUCCUUUCCACAGUUGGAAAUGCAGCUUAGCCAUACAUUUAACGGUCUUCAUAUGUUGUUCGAUAUCGAUCUGAUCAAUCAGAAUUGCUAUAACCAAGUCCCUGGGGAGGCCAACGAAAUGGAUCCCAAGGAUGCUGAGUUGUUGACUGACAUUGAGGCGGUGCAAAUCAACAAUUCCACGUUGAAGGGUUCGUAUACUUUUCUCACACGCGCUCAAGAAUACCGCGAACUCCUUGCCAAGAAGCGUUCCACUAUGCCACGCCUACAACAUCUAGAGCCAGAGUCGGAUGAUCUGGAUCUGGAUUCAUUCAGCGUGGAACAGCAGAUACAGAUUAUAGAGCAAACAUUUGUGGACGUAAAUAGGCCGCUGUGUGCCCAUCCCACCAAGUCGAACAGCAGUGUUCGGCCGGUCGCACAGCUGCCGGUGUUUCCAGAAUCCAGACAACUCGAGCUUGUACAAGUCCAUUUUCAUACACCGCCCUUUGCUAAUACCAAUAGUAUACUCAAGGAUUGUGGAAGCUACUAUAUAAACUUUAAACAAAAGCCCGAGCCGGUUUUUCAAAGAAUUAAUCAAAAAUAUGGCAAAUAUCUAACUGCUUAUCUCUCCGAGCAGCGCUUCAGGGUACCUAUCUCAGAAACCAAUGAAUCCGACGAUUGUGUUGAGCGAUUCAUAUUGCGUGAGAAGGAUGGCUGUCUCUACUAUCAAAUGCUUAGCAAAUAUAUCAGGUUACAGAAGGACCAGACAAUUCAGGAUUCGUUUUCUAGCCUAUCCCUACUGGCAAGUCCACACAAGACUUUUUCAAUUGAUAUGUAUUGA